UGUACUUAUCAGAAGAAAAUAAAAAUAAAAACUUGUAUAAAAGGUUUAUGUCAAUCCAUGUUUCGUCACUGACAUUGUCCAAGUAAACACUUAAGGUUUAUAUUUUGUAUCUGACUGUUAGCCUGAGGACAACACAACCAGCUUGUUCAUCCAGGCCCCUUUUAGCAACAAGAGAUCACACCAUCUUUUUCUGCAGAGGAAAAUGGCUUCUUUCUCAGUGGAGGAUUUUGUAGGUAACGGAGUUUUGAAGGACUUGCUUCCAACGUUGUUGAAAGAAGGUUGGGAUGAUGUGCCAACUUUGAAGAUUAUGAAUAAAGAGGAUACGGAUGCAAUGAAUAUGACACAACAGCAAAAGGAUGCAUUGGAAAUCAGGUCAUACCUGCAUGAUCGUGCUCUACUGCAAUAUGGGGAUAAGCUGGAGGCCUCUGGGAAAUGUUUGCCCGAGCUUCUUAGCAUAAGCACUGUGGAUCUAUCUUCUCAGUUUGGGAUGAAGAGAGGUCACAUAGCCCGUUUCGUGGACAGAACCAGUGCAUGCGCAGAUCCUUCGCUGAAAUCAUACGCUCCUCUCACUGCAAGGAACACGAACAGCAUAGUCUCCAGAAACAAUAGCAAUUUCAAGAGUUAUGCAUCUGUCAACUCAAGGAAGAUGCAAGCCAGUAGUAGUAUGAAUCAUGAUAAACCACUUGAACAAUCACUCGCUGAUUUUAAGAUUAAAGAUGAUCACAUCUUUAAAGGGAUUGUAGCUGCAGGGCCAGCUGAGCCCAGAGCAUGUGGCUGUGUACAACCGCCUCCUGUAGUUGACAGUGUUGCCCCUUAUUCUACUAUUGAAAACAUCUCAGUUCAGAAACUAACACCAGAGUAUAAGAUUGGGAUGGAGCGUCUGGUGAAAACCAAGACACCUCCAAUGAAGGCUUCAGAAUUAUGGCGAGAUAAACCAGCAGUAAUCCUUUGCAUCAGGCGACCUGGGUAA